AUGGGAAAUUCUAAAAGUAGCGCCCUAUCCAAGGGGAUCUUGGAAGACCUCAAAAUGAACACCAAGUACUCAGAAGCAGAGCUCUCCUUGUGGUACCAGACAUUCUUGAAGGAAUGCCCAUCUGGCUUGAUCACCAGGGAACAAUUUGAGAAGAUCUAUUCUGGCUUCUUCCCAGAUGCAAACCCCAAAGAUUAUGCUCAACAUGUCUUCAGGAGCUUUGACACCAACAGUGAUGGGACUCUGGAUUUUAAGGAAUACAUCAUCGCCCUUCACCUCACCUCCUCUGGAAAGACUUCACGAAAGCUUGAGUGGGCUUUCUCCCUCUAUGAUGUGGAUGGCAAUGGCACAAUCAACAAGGAAGAAGUACUGGAAAUUGUUAAGUCGAUAUUUAAAAUGAUCAAUGAAGAAGAACUGAAGACUCUGCCAGAGGAUGAGAACACCCCAGAGAAGAGGGCUGACAAAAUUUGGGAGUAUUUUGGCAAGAAAGAAAAUGAUAAAUUAUCGGAAGGUGAGUUUAUUCAAGGCACCCUGGAAAACAAGGAUAUACUCCGACUGAUACAGUUCGAACCUCAGAAAAUCAAAGGAAAACCAAAUCAGAACUAA